AUGGACCCUUUUGCAAGGCUGCCGGAGGAAUGCAUUUCGACCAUUUUGUCACUCACAUCGCCCAUGGACACGACAAGACUCUCAAUAGUCUCACACAGGUUCAAAUCUGCCUCUGAUUCAGACAACGUUUGGGAGAGAUUUUUGCCCCCUGAUUAUCAACAUAUCGUCUCAACAUCUGUUUCUCCAGUUUCAUAUGCCACAAAGAAAGACCUAUAUUUUACUCUCUGUCAUUCCCCUAUUCUCCUCCAUGAAGGCAAUACUAGCGUUUCUCUUGAUGGACGGAAUGGAAAGAAGUGUUAUAUGCUAGGAGCCAGAGAACUUUUACUAUCGUGGGGAGGAUGCUGGAGCUGGACAUCUCACCCGCAAUCCAGAUUCUCUGAGGUGGCCAAGCUUAAGUGUCCCGGUUGGAUCCAUAUUCGGGGGAAGAUGAAAACUCACAUGCUGUCAUCAAACACUGCUUAUGCAGCAUAUUUAGUAUUUCACCUUGCAGAAAGAUUGAAUGGCCUUCAAUCAUCAAGAACAGUGAUUAGAUUCAUUGAACCUCAAAUGGAACAGAGUAUGAUUAAAACUGUAGACGGCACAGAGAAACUUGAAUCCGAAGGAACUGGGAAAAUUGCACAAAUGAGAGGUGAUGGCUGGAUGGAAAUAGAAAUGGGAAACUUUUACAAUGGAGAAGAAGAUAAUAAAGAAGUGGAGGCAUGGUUGAUGGAUAUUAAUAACCCUGGUGGAAAGUCUGGCCUCAUCGUAGAAGGUAUCGAGUUUAGACCGGUUUGA